GUCAUCAUGAGAACUUGCAUGGGCCUCUUUAAAUGUAUAUUUGUGCAAUCAUGUUUAAAUCUAGUGUAUUCACUCUGUUGAUAUAUUUUACCGUUUCCAUAUUGGCUUUGAAAAAUGUUGAAGGGUCCCGACCAGUUUUAGAAAAGACAGUAGAAGCUUUAUUCGCCGAUAGGUCUGAAGUCAUACACCCUGCAACGUGCAAAGUCUUUACAUCGUCGACGAAACAGUCAAAAAUGUGCAAGAGGGAGCCUGGUCUUCCAAACAUACUAGUCACUGCAAAACAGCAAGCUAUCACUGCUUGUGAGGAGACUUUCCAAUAUGACAGAUGGAACUGUUCUCUGGUCUUCAACAGGAAGGCUAAAAGGAGUAUAUUCAAAAAGAUAUACAGAGAGACUGCGUUUAUUCACGCCCUUAUAGCAGCAUCUGUCACUCAUGCAGUUGCAAGGGGCUGCGCUUCAGGUGAACUAUCCAGAUGUUCAUGUUUAGGCAGUUUCAAAAAUGCCUCUAACUGGCAAAUGAAAGGGGGUUGCGGCGAUGACUUUAGGUUUGGAAAAAGGUUCGCGAAAAAUUUUCUUGAAUGGAAGAACGCAGGGAAUGACCAAAUUGCGGAUUUACUGAAGCAAGAUGUGAAUAUUGGUAUAGAUUCUAUAGGUGAGCAAUUAAAAGAGGUUUGCAAAUGCCAUGGAUUUUCCGGUUCGUGUACUACGAAAACUUGUUGGAAAAAGUUAGGACCUUUUAAUUCAGCUAUGGGUUUGCUAAAGAAGCACUAUCACCAUGCGGUUAGGAAGAAGUUAGUGAAUUAUACUUCAAAAAGAGCAGUUUCGCCAAAAGUGAGGAGGAAAUUGAAGAAGGACAAGAAAAAUUUGGUUUAUUUGCAAAAGACGCCAAACUUAUGCGUUAGUACAAAGGGAAGGGUUUGUAAGGAUAGACAUAACUGCGCAACUUUGUGCUGCGGACGAGGGUUUGUUGUGGGUCAGAAAACAACAACUUCUAGGUGCAGAUGCAAAAUGGUGGAUUGCUGUUUUGUUAAAUGUGAUACUUGUGUGGAAGAAGUCGACUUUUAUACGUGUAAAUAG